GGAGGGGGUGGAUGAGGAGGCUCGGGCCCUUCCACCCACGCGUCCAUUGGGCGGCGCCGCCAUCACUCUCUUUUGGGCUACGCCGCCUUCUCUUCCUCCGCGGAACCCGGAUCCCCUCCUCCACCACCCUCUCCCCGCCCCGUCACGGGAGCCUCUCAUUGGACGGAGGCACGGUCAAUCCUCCUCGAGUUAGGGAGCCGACUGGACGCGAGGCCUUCGGGCCGUCCCCAGCCUCGUCGGAUUGGCUUCCUGCGCGUUGGCGCAACGGAAGAGGCGGCCGGCCGAGGGCGCGCCUCUGCUCUGGCUGGACUGCCGCGGAGGAGGCGAGGAGCAGUCCGACGCUGGGGGGCUUGCUCGGGCGGCAGCGGUGGCUGCUGCGGAUGGGAGCGGGCCGGCUCGGCGCGCCCAUGGAGCGCCACGGCAGGGCCUCCGCCACCUCCGUCCCGUCGGCUGGGGAGCAGGCGGCCGGGGGCCCUGAAGGGCGGCGGCGGGAGCCACUGCGGCGCCGGGCGAGCAGCGCGUCGGUGCCCGCGGUCGGGGCCUCGGCUGAGGGCACGAGGCGGGACCGAUUGGGCUCCUACAGCGGCCCCACCUCGGUCUCCCGCCAGCGCGUCGAAAGUCUGAGGAAAAAGCGGCCGCUUUUUCCAUGGUUUGGACUGGAUAUCGGUGGAACUCUGGUCAAGCUGGUUUAUUUUGAACCCAAAGACAUCACUGCUGAAGAAGAAGAGGAAGAAGUGGAAAGUCUUAAAAGCAUUCGGAAGUACCUGACCUCCAAUGUGGCUUAUGGGUCUACAGGCAUUCGGGACGUGCACCUCGAGCUGAAGGACCUGACUCUGUGUGGACGCAAAGGCAAUCUGCACUUUAUACGCUUUCCCACUCAUGACAUGCCUGCUUUUAUUCAAAUGGGCAGAGAUAAAAACUUCUCGAGUCUCCACACUGUCUUUUGUGCCACUGGAGGUGGAGCGUACAAAUUUGAGCAGGAUUUUCUCACAAUAGGUGAUCUUCAGCUUUGCAAACUGGAUGAACUAGAUUGCUUGAUAAAAGGAAUUUUAUACAUUGACUCAGUUGGAUUCAAUGGACGGUCACAGUGCUAUUACUUUGAAAACCCUGCUGAUUCUGAAAAGUGUCAGAAGUUACCAUUUGAUUUGAAAAAUCCGUAUCCUCUGCUUCUGGUGAACAUUGGCUCAGGGGUUAGCAUCUUAGCAGUAUAUUCCAAAGAUAAUUACAAACGGGUCACAGGUACUAGUCUUGGAGGAGGAACUUUUUUUGGUCUCUGCUGUCUUCUUACUGGCUGUACCACUUUUGAAGAAGCUCUUGAAAUGGCAUCUCGUGGAGAUAGCACCAAAGUGGAUAAACUAGUACGAGAUAUUUAUGGAGGGGACUAUGAGAGGUUUGGACUGCCAGGCUGGGCUGUGGCUUCAAGCUUUGGAAACAUGAUGAGCAAGGAGAAGCGAGAGGCUGUGAGUAAAGAGGACCUUGCCAGAGCGACUUUGAUCACCAUCACCAACAACAUUGGCUCAAUAGCAAGAAUGUGUGCCCUUAAUGAAAACAUUAACCAGGUGGUAUUUGUUGGAAAUUUCUUGAGAAUUAAUACGAUCGCCAUGCGACUUUUGGCAUAUGCUUUGGAUUAUUGGUCCAAGGGGCAGUUGAAAGCACUUUUUUCGGAACACGAGGGUUAUUUUGGAGCUGUUGGAGCACUCCUUGAGCUGUUGAAGAUCCCGUGAUCAUUACCUGGGGAGGGGUUCCUGACACCUUCCACAGUGGGAUCUGUGGACUUUCAUUUUUUUAAGAGACUUACUCAAUUUCAUGACUGUGUACUACCUGAAACAAAGUGAGAAAGGACACGUGUAUUUUUCUAAGUCAUCAAGAUAAAUCCUUAAGAAUUCAGUCUAAACUAGCAACCAGGAAGGAAAAAUAUAUUAAAAACAACAAAAAAGUGGCCCAUGUCCAGGCAGUGUGAGGAUUUGCUGUAUAUAAGUUGCCUGCUUUGUAUUUUUGAAAUCUCUGCAUCACUCACUGGAGAUGCUUCCGAAGAGAGCUGCUCUGUGUUCAGUUGACUAUGGUUUUGUGUCCUGUUUGAACUUGCUGAAUGUAAGGCAGGCUACUAUGUGUUAUAAUCUAAUCACAAUUUCUCAAUAUGGUCUUGGCAAUCA